AUGGCGUCCUACGUAGCUGAGAGCCGGCCAGGGCCAUUCGGCUACGUUGGUCCAUGGAACAAUGAGGACACCUUCAUGAGCAUGGGCGACACUGUCAGCCAGCCGAGCGUGCUGAAUCCUGGGGAGACGGACCAGAUCAAUGGCUUCUUCAGCAACCCGGACGCGGCGAGCGUGAACAUGCAGAACUAUGGCCUUAGGUGGCCCAUCGAGACGAAGGAGGACAGCAAUUUCGACAAUACUGCCUCCUCCGGUCGCAAUCACCAGGCUGCGUCCGCCCCAGCAUUGAAUCUUGAUGGCGCGGACGACAGCACCUACAGCAGUCACUCGAAUCAGCAGGAUCAUAACAGUCACGUAUCGAAUACGGCAACGGCAACGGCGACGGCAACAACUGGCAACGGUGUGAAUUCGGGUUCAGAGGAGGAGCGCGCGGCCUCAGGGUUAUAUCAGCUUUCGGCGCACGGACGCCAAGACGAGUCACAUGGGCCAAGCUCGAACGUGAUUCAAAACCUCCCGCCAGCUGCUUCUUGGGGCGCAAUCACCCUCUCUCCUCCACACUUCAACCACUACACCUCCGCGCAGCGUGCAUUCAGCGGCAUGCACGACCACAACAGCCAGUGGCCGCCGCCAGGUCAGCCCUCGUCGCGAGUUCUGAAUGGCGAGGCAAUUCACGGUCAGUCCUACUCAGGCCAGCCAGUGAACCCAGGGUGGUGGAGCCAGCAGUACAGUAUGACGGGGCAGAACAUGGGUAUGGGACGUGUGAACGGCUCUAACCCUCAGUACUUCCCGAAUGCGCAGAACAUGGGAGGGUCUCAGUUCGCUCGUGCUAACGGUCAAGGCAACGGUGCUUCACACCUCAACUUCGGCAGCGAUACCACCUUCGGUGCCUCGCAGUACCCCGCCCCAGCCGGCUUCAACAGCUCGCAGCAGGUCAAGGCCUCCAACCUCAAUCAAGUGCCGUUCCUCGCGCAGGUGGCCAACAACACCCAGAUGCACAGGGCAUUCCCCGACAACCGCGGACACAUUAACAACCUGGAAGAGGCCUACCGCAACAACCCGUACAUCAAUCCGCCAGCGAGACCAUCAUCAACGGGAAUGGGGAUGGGCGGCCUACCCACCUUCGGCAACGGUUACGGUUCCUCCUCCCGUCAGCCAGCGCCUCCGACCACGGAAGACGACGAUGACGACUAUGUCGACGAUGAUGACGAACUCGGUCUUCAGUGCGCUGUGGAGAAAGCGAAGAACAGAUCUCUCGGUCUCGACGACCCGAAGCCAGAUCCCAAGAAGUACAAGCGUCGUAUUGGGGACGACAUCCCCAACGACCAGGCCCGUCACGGAAGUGUUAAGCGCAAGGGAUCAAACUUCGAAAAGGCCGAAGUUCUCAUUACCCCCACGAAAGGUAUGAGCGGUAGCAAGCGCCGCCGUUCCAGCAACGUUGCUCCAGCCAAGUACGAUGACGACAACGAGCCUUCGGACGACGACGAUCUCUCGACCAGCCAGAAGCGCACCGCUUACCGCGAAUCUCUCAACCGCACCAGCCUCACCCAGGAGGAUAAGCGCCGCAACCACAUCCACUCCGAGAAGAUGCGCCGUGAUCUGAUCAAAGUCCAGUACGAAGAGCUCGACCAGAUGGUGCCUGACCUUAAGAAGGGCCGCUCUGGGAUGAGCCGUGCGGACGUUCUUCAUACGGUCGCAGACUUCAUCAUCGCGCUCCUUGCAGGCAAUGACAAGAUGGAGGAGAUCGUGGCGGCGUUGGAGGCCGUUCAGCGUGCUGCAGAGGGUGCCGACGAGGAUGCUGAAGAGGAUGAUGACGAGGUUGAUGAUGAGGAUGGUGGUGAGGAUGAUGGUGAGGACGAUGAUGAGGAUGAGGGCGGCAAUGAGGGCGGCGGCGACGAUGAUGAGGACGACGGAGGUGGAGACGACGAUGAUGGGGACGACGGUGCCGACGACGGUGCUGACAGCGGUGGGCGCCCCGGUGGCUAG